AUCCACAUACCAAACCCGAGCUUAUGAAACCGGCACCGAACCGGCUAAACUCGACAAUCGGAAAACCGAGUUAGUUGCAUCGUGGCGAGCGCCUCCGCUUCACUACCAGUAGCUGAAUCGAAGAAUCUUCAAUUUUCUUCUUCUCACUGUUCCACUUCAGUGGAGGAUAUGCUCUGUACAUUACCCAAGCGUUGCUUUUGCACCGUCGCUCCUCGCCCUUGGCUUUUCGUUGGUUUGGGGAAUCCUGGCGACAAAUACAAAGGAACUCGACACAAUGUUGGAUUUGAGAUGAUUGAUGCAUUUGCAGAAUCACAGGGGAUUCAAAUGAAUACGGUUCAUUGCAAAGCCAUUUUUGGAAAAGGUUUUGUUGACGAAGUUCCAGUUUUCCUUGCAAAACCGCAAACUUACAUGAAUCUCAGUGGUGAAUCGGCAGGACCACUGGCUGCUUAUUACAAGUUGCCCCUUAAUCAGGUGAUUGUGUUCCAUGAUGACAUGAACCUGCCAUGUGGGGUGCUUCGUCUUCACGAUAAAGGGGGUCAUGGAAGCCACAAAGGGCUGAAGAGUGUUAUUUACCACUUUAGAGAUAAUAGAGAAUUUCCUCGUCUAAGAAUUGGGAUCGGAAAGCCUCCUGGACAAAUGGAUCCUAAAGCAUUUUUGCUUCAAAAGUUUAAUGUAGCAGCUAGACAACGAAUUGAUGAGGCUUUGCACGAAGGGGUAGAUGCCUUGAAGCUCCUUCUAUCUAAAGGUUUGGAAGUGAGUGCAAAAAGGUUCAACAAAGACCAGAAAUAUAAACACUUAAAAGUGCAGACAUUACCAGUUUGGUAGGAUUCCCUGAUGGCAAGUUGUGUUAUAAGUAUGGUUAGUUUAGUUCUUCACUUUUAAGGUUUAUAUAGAUUGCCUGGGUGCAUAUUGAUGUGUAAAAUGUAAGGAAAAAAUGGGCUGAAUUUUGAAAACAUUCUUCAACUAUGUAUAUUAUCUAGCUUUUCAAGUGUUUUUUAUUUUUUA